AUGUCCCAAAUUGAUAUACAAACCGAAUCCCAUCCCCAACAACAGCAGCAAGAAGAAGAAUACGAUGAUGAGGAGUUUUCUGGUCCAAUGCCCAUCUCUAAGCUUGAAGGAAAUGGAAUCACUCCCGGUGAUAUCAAAAAACUAAUGGAAGCAGGUUAUCAUACCGUCGAAUCUAUUGCUUACACUCCUAAAAAAGCCCUUCUCCAAGUUAAAGGUAUUUCCGAAAACAAAGGCGACAAGCUUCUUGCCGCUGCUGCCCAAUUUGUCCCGAUGGGGUUUACCACGGCAACGGAUUUUCAUAAACGUCGUUCAGAACUUAUUUGUCUCACCACCGGCUCAAAACAACUCGAUACCCUUCUUGGUGGUGGGAUUGAAACCGGUUCGAUUACCGAAGUUUUUGGAGAAUUCCGUACUGGGAAAUCGCAACUAUGUCAUACUUUGGCGGUGACUUGCCAACUCCCAAUAGAUAUGGGUGGCGGGGAAGGUAAAUGUCUUUAUAUCGAUACCGAAGGAACUUUUCGUCCCAUUCGUCUUGUUUCAAUUGCUCGUCGUUACGGUUUAAACGAAGAAGACGCUCUCGACAAUGUGGCGUAUGCUAGAGCUUACAAUGCUGAUCAUCAACUACAGCUUCUUACGCAAGCGGCGCAAAUGAUGACCGAAUCCCGGUUCUCUUUACUCAUUGUCGACUCAAUCAUGGCAUUGUAUCGUACUGAUUAUUCUGGUCGUGGUGAAUUAAGCGCUCGUCAAAUGCAUGUUGCUAAAUAUAUGAGAGCCCUUCAAAGAUUGGCUGAUGAGUUUGGAAUCGCCGUGGUCAUCACCAAUCAAGUGGUAGCCCAGGUAGAUGGAGGAAUGUCAUUUAAUCCCGAUCCAAAGAAACCUAUUGGUGGUAAUAUUUUGGCACAUGCGUCGACUACAAGAUUGUCAUUGAAAAAAGGCAGAGGUGAACAGAGAAUUUGCAAAAUUUAUGAUAGUCCUUGUUUGCCAGAAAGUGAAUGUGUUUUUGCGAUUUACGAAGAUGGGAUUGCAGACCCAAGAGAAGAAGGUGACGAUUGA